AUGUCUCUGUUACCAUUCGUGCUGGGUUACGAACGUCCUCACCGUCUCAUCGAUCAGGACUUCGGCUUGUCUUUGACUCCCGACGAUCUACUGACUGUUGCCGUGUCUCCACUACUAUCACGAGACUACUACAGACCCUGGCGUCAGAUGGCGGCUGCUGCGAGGGACGUCGGAUCCACCAUCAAGUCGGACAAAGAUAAAUUCCAAGUCAACUUGGACGUGCAGCAUUUCAAACCUGAGGAAAUAACUGUGAAGACUGCAGACGGUUACAUAGUCGUGGAAGGAAAACACGAAGAAAAGAAAGACGAACACGGCUUUAUAUCCCGUCAGUUCACUAGACGGUACGCACUCCCGGAAGGUUGUAAUCCAGACACAGUAGAGUCACGGCUGUCUUCAGAUGGAGUGUUGAGUGUUAUUGCUCCGAAAGUGGCAUCAGUGUCGAAGAAUGAACGAAGUGUUCCCAUCGCGCAGACCGGACCCGUGAGGAAGGAGAUCAAGGACCAGAACUCACAAGCCGGAGCUGCGAUACAAACUCUGUAUUUAAACUCCAAAAUGUCUCUGUUACCAUUCGUGCUGGGUUACGAACGUCCUCACCGUCUCAUCGAUCAGGACUUCGGCUUGUCUUUGACUCCCGACGAUCUACUGACUGUUGCCGUGUCUCCACUACUAUCACGAGACUACUACAGACCCUGGCGUCAGAUGGCGGCUGCUGCGAGGGACGUCGGAUCCACCAUCAAGUCGGACAAAGAUAAAUUCCAAGUCAACUUGGACGUGCAGCAUUUCAAACCUGAGGAAAUAACUGUGAAGACUGCAGACGGUUACAUAGUCGUGGAAGGAAAACACGAAGAAAAGAAAGACGAACACGGCUUUAUAUCCCGUCAGUUCACUAGACGAUACGCACUCCCGGAAGGUUGUAAUCCAGACACAGUAGAGUCACGGCUGUCUUCAGAUGGAGUGUUGAGUGUUAUUGCUCCGAAAGUGGCAUCAGUGUCGAAGAAUGAACGAAGUGUUCCCAUCGCGCAGACCGGACCCGUGAGGAAGGAGAUCAAGGAUCAGAACUCACAAGCCGGAGCUGCGAUACAAACUCUGUAUUUAAACUCCAAAAUGUCUCUGUUACCAUUCGUGCUGGGUUACGAACGUCCUCACCGUCUCAUCGAUCAGGACUUCGGCUUGUCUUUGACUCCCGACGAUCUACUGACUGUUGCCGUGUCUCCACUACUAUCACGAGACUACUACAGACCCUGGCGUCAGAUGGCGGCUGCUGCGAGGGACGUCGGAUCCACCAUCAAGUCGGACAAAGAUAAAUUCCAAGUCAACUUGGACGUGCAGCAUUUCAAACCUGAGGAAAUAACUGUGAAGACUGCAGACGGUUACAUAGUCGUGGAAGGAAAACACGAAGAAAAGAAAGACGAACACGGCUUUAUAUCCCGUCAGUUCACUAGACGAUACGCACUCCCGGAAGGUUGUAAUCCAGACACAGUAGAGUCACGGCUGUCUUCAGAUGGAGUGUUGAGUGUUAUUGCUCCGAAAGUGGCAUCAGGAUCGAAGAAUGAACGAAGUGUUCCCAUCGCGCAGACCGGACCCGUGAGGAAGGAGAUCAAGGAGCAGAACUCACAAGCCGGAGCUGGUGAUAAUAAAUGA